AUGGAGUUUAUGGAUGCCAGAACCAGGCGCUUCAUACACCCUUACGUCGCGGGCAAGAUGAAAAGACGACCACAACGGCCUGCUGAAGAGAGCAAAGAUGAAGGAUACGAGCGCCACAAAUAUCACAAAUCCGACAUGCCUGCGCCUCUGGGGUACACUGUACAUCACGGAGUGGAUGCCGGUCGUCAGCUAAACGCUGAGUUUACACGACUUAUCGGCAACCGGGAUCAGGCGGUACCACAGAGCUCUACACGGAAUGCUGAGGAGGCCAGUCGUAGACCAGGUCUCAAUGACGCUUCCGGCAGUGUAUCAGGCGGAUACUACGAGGAUCUAGGAGGUGGUGAUUACGACGACGGAUAUUACGGCCCGACUUAUGAAACGGAUUCCUGGGCGCAGAUCCGCCCUGCCCUGUUUGCAGCGUAUGUGGACCGCAUGGCCGCUGGUGUUUCGGUGGAUCCAAUCUGUCCAGAUUCUCUCGGCUGCGGCCGUGACAACUGCAAGCGAUUACGGGCGAACGUUGCCUUUGUCACAUUUUCUGGUCAACUUUCAAAGACCAUUACGUGCUGCAAGUGUGGGAAAAGAGCGAUCCGGCUCAUGGAGGCAGGAUUUGUAGCCGCCACGCCGGUAAAGCCCCAGAUGGCAUUCUCUUUGCACCUUCUCAUAUUCAUCGACAUACUUUGGCGCAACAAUUCUCAGAGCCUGCCGGGACUGGGCCUGGCUCUUUGGGAGUUUCAUGAAGUCAUGUCUGAGACAGUCAAGGCUGCAUAA